AUGGACCUUCACGAUAGCGACCAGCAACAUCUCCGGGAUGAGAUAGCUGACCUCGAGCGUCGCCUCAAGCAUGCGAAAAGCCAAUUGAAAGCCCCGCCGUCGCCCAGCGACUCGGGCACUCUAUCCGUCUCCACGGCCUCCGAGCGCGCUCUGACGCCGCCACCGAGUCAAGCCAGCGAUGCCGGCAUGUCGCCUACAUUCACCCCUCUGACGCUCCACACGCUCCUCCUGCUAGCCGACUCGGCCUUGCCACUGGGAUCGUUCGCCUUCAGCAGCGGUCUGGAAUCGUACCUCGCCCACCACCGGCCUUCGACGGCGUCGACCUCGCAAGUGCCGGCCUUCCACCACUUCCUACGCCUCUCCCUCCACACCCUCGCCAGCACCGCCCUGCCGUACGUCCUCGCCGGCCACCGCAGCCCACACCUCAUCGAGACGCUCGACAACGACCUCGACGCCAGCACGCCCUGCACCGUCGCCCGCCGCGCCAGCGUCGCCCAGGGCCGCGCCCUCCUCGCCGUGUGGGACCGCAGCUUCAAGAGCGCCUACCAACAGCCGCCGCAGCAAUUCUCCUCCUCGUCGCCAUCAUCAUCAUCAUCAGCCAGCGACGACGCCCUCGCCGCCCUCGCCCGCUUCCAAGCCGCGCUCCGCGCCGGAACGCGCUCCUCACCACUGCCGCCGCUGCUGCCGCCGCCAAACGCCCACUUCGCGCCGCUCUGGGGCCUACUCACGCGCGUGCUCGGCGUCGAGCCGCACGAGGCGGCGUACCUGUUCCUGUUCUCGCACGCGCGCACCGUGACGUCGGCGGCGGUGCGGGCGAGCGUGCUGGGGCCGUACCAGGCGCAGGCGGUGCUGGCGGACGCCGGGCUGAGGGAGCGGGUGGGCGGGCUGGUCAAGGCGUUUUGGGACACCCCGGUCGAGGAUGCGGGGCAGAGCGUGCCGGUGAUGGAUCUGUGGGUGGGGAGGCAUGAGAAGCUGUAUAGUCGCAUUUUCAAUUCGUAG